UUAGCUGUGUAUUCCACCAAUCGUUAUCGCUCAUUCUUCACACUCUUGUUUUUUACUUAAUGAAUUCGCUUUAAAUAAGAUAUUUAACAUAAGUAAAAGCUAACUGGUACGUGGGAAUAAUGGUGAACGACGCUGGUCUAUCGACUGUGGACGACUUGGAGAAAAAACUGAACUCGGCCAAGCAGUCGCUGGUGAUCCUAAAUGAAAACAUUCGCCGCAUUGCUGGUCGCGUCCCCAAAGAUUCCCAGCAGAGAUCGGAGAAGUUCAAGUACACCCACGAUGGCAAGAAGAACGACCACAACGGCGAGCGACCUUUUCCCCGGAACGGACCAGGUGGGGUCUUCAAAGACAAGCGACGGAUGUACGAGAGCAAGAACCCGAUGCCCCGCUUUCCCAUCGAGGAGAACGACGGUCGGCCGCCACGGAUCAACUCCCGGGUCAUCAGGGAGAUGCCCACCAAAAAGGAGGUGGUCGAGGCGCAGGGAACAGACUCCGAGUCGAGGGCGCGGAAUCGCCGGAUGUUCGGAUCGCUGCUGGGAACCCUGCAGAAGUUUUGCCAGGAGGAGUCGCGACUGAAGAGCAAGGAGGACAAGAAGGCAGAGAUCGACAGGAAGGUGGAAAAGCAGGAACUGCAGGAGAGAGCCUUGCUGAGGAAACAGCGAGAAACGCUAUAUUUGGACAGGAAAAAGAAGCAAUUCGAGAUCCGCAGAUUGGAGUACAAAAUGGCCAGAAUGAGGGACUUCAAGGCCUGGGAAGCAACCAUGUCGUAUGCGAAGAAUCACAUUAGAACCAAAACGAAACCACACCUGUUCUUCCGGCCCAAACAGCAUUCCGCUCGAACGGAAAAGCUUUUGAGUAAAAGCAAAAGCGAGGCUGAUGUCUUCAUAGAAUGCAGACGGGAAGAAUUAGAAGUCGAGCUGAAAAACUUGGAGAGCAUGAAUUUUGGGAAGAUCGACGACGAUAAUGUAAUGGACGAAAGCUUCUAUGAAGAGCCUGACGACGAAGAUCCGAUGGAUAAGAGUAAGUAAACUCAAGUUUACCAGGAAGCAUUUAAAAAGAUCGUACCGCUUCGUAGAAUAAUGAGGGAAAAUUUUCUAUCCAAUUCAAAGAGCCUUUAAAAAAAAUGUACUAUUUAUCUUUUAAUAACUUUCGGUCAAACUCCAGUAAAUUUUAAACGGAUUGAUAAUGUCAGUUUUUGACAUACACAAAAUAUAAACACGUAGCUUAAAAUAUUUACUUUUAUAAAAG